UCGAACCAAUGCACAAUGGCAUUGUGGUGGUUAUUGAUGGCGAUACUAUCAACAGUCGCAUGUUAUUCGUUGGUAUCAGCGACUUGGUCUCUGACUCAGGAGCUGCUUGACUCAGCGAGGGAUCCCGAGUUUUUCGAUUGGUUGACAAGUGUGAGGAGGAGAAUCCAUGAAUAUCCGGAACUUUCCUUUGAAGAGUACAAGACAAGUCAACUCAUCAGAACGGAGCUUGAGUUGCUGGAAAUUCCUUAUACGUGGCCGGUAGCGAAGACUAGGAUCGUCGCUUCGAUUGGGUCCAGGUCGCAGCCCUGGUUCGGGCUUAGAGCUGACAUGGAUGCUCUCCCCAUCCAGGAGUCGGUAGAUUGGGAGUGCAAGAGUAAGAUCGAUGGUAAAAUGCACGCUUGCGGACAUGAUGUUCAUGUAACCAUGUUGCUUGGAGUGGCCAGGUUGCUUAAUCACAGGAGGCAUAAGUUGAAGGGUACUGUGAAGCUUCUCUUUCAACCUGCAGAAGAGGGUGGUGCCGGUGCUUACUAUAUGAUUAAAGAAGGUGCUAUAGAUGGGAUCCAAGCCAUUUUUGGAUUACAUGAUGUGCCAGAUAUGCCCGUUGGAACCAUUGCCUCUAGACCUGGCCCCAUGAUGGCUGGUGGUGCUGUGUUCUUGGCCAUCAUUAGAGGAAAAGGUGGACAUGCUGCAAUGCCCCAAGAAACUAGAGAUCCUGUUCUUGCGGCAUCCUUUGCUAUCCUUGCACUUCAACAGCUAGUUUCGAGAGAGGCUGAUCCUCUUGUCCCCAUGGUGGUUACAGUUGGUUUUGUUGGGGCUGGUCAAGCUAGGAACGUAAUCCCUGAAUUGGUGAAGUUUGGAGAGACUUUUCGCAGCAUGACUACAGAGGGUCUGUCGUUUCUCAAGCUGAGAAUCAAAGAGGUCAUAGAGAUGCAAGCAAUUGUAAAUAGGUGCACUGCUACUGUUGAUUUUUUUGAGCAUAAAAGAAGACCCUAUCCAGCUACAGUCAAUGAUGAAGCAAUGUACAAACAUGCAAAGGGUGUUGGAGAAAAACUGCUUGGGCAAUCGAAUGUACUAUUUCUUCCCCAAAUUAUGGCAUUGGAGGAUUUCAGUUUCUAUUCACAGAAGAUUGCUGCUGCAUUUUACAUGAUUGGGACAAAGAAUGAAAGCCAUAAAUCUGUUCUGUCCUUGCACUCAAAUUAUCUUGUUAUUGAUGAAGAGGUUCUACCUAUAGGAGCAGCUCUUCGUGCUGCUGUUGCCAUGCACUAUCUGGAUGACCAUGCCUUUAGAGUCUGAAACUUCUCCUAGCUCUUUCAGUUAUUCUCUCUGAAGAUUAAUACUUACUUGCUCGUUGGUUCAGCCCUGUUUCUAGAGAAAAAAUGUCUUGCCUGUAUAAAAAAGAGAAACCUUAUUUGAACCCCACAAUUUAAUAAGGACCCUCCAUUAACGUGGUAAAAAA